CUGCUGUUUUUACAAAUCUUGGUAUGAUUGGAAGGAAGGGACCAAACUCGAUUGGUAGUCAUUACAAAGAUCAAGAUCAUGACGGACAAGUAACAUUAUCCAGCGGCAUUCAACUGUGGACUGUGCCACGCACUGGUGAAUACAGAAUAGAAGCAAUAGGAGCCCCAGGGGGCUACGGUGAGGACAGUAUCAUCAAAACCGGAGGAAGAGGGGCAAGGAUGAUUGGAAACUUUAUUUUGACCAAAGAUGAGAUCAUUCAUGUACUCGUUGGUCAAAAAGGGGGAAAAGGGAAUUCAAACCCAAAAAAUGCCGGAGGUGGUGGAGGUACAUUCGUGGUGAGAGAAAACAAGUCUUUGAUCGUAGCUGGAGGUGGAGGGGGGAUUAAAAAUAUGUCAGAACAACAUCCAGGAUGUGAUGCGUCCAUAAACACAACAGGAAAUGCAGGGAACAAUUCGCCUUUGGGGUCAGGAGGAAGCAACGGACACGGAGGAAAAACGAGUGGUCAAUUUGCAGAUGGUGGCGGCGGCGGCGGCGGCUUCUACAGUAAUGGGCAAGAUACACAGUCCCUUAAAAAUGGAGGUCAAGGAUAUCUUCAAGGAGGAAAUGGUGGAUAUGGUAGGGGUGGGUUCGGAGGUGGCGGUGGGUUACGUACAGGCAACGGUGGAGCUGGAGGAGGUGGAGGUUACUCUGGAGGAAAUGGUGGAGCUUAUGAACAGUUUUCCUGUGGGGGAGGGGGAGGAUCUUUUAACAAUGGGACAAAUCAGCAGAAUGAAUGUUGUUUCAAUAGCGAUGAACAUGGUGGAGUGAUCAUCACGUUUCUUCAGUGACAUGCCCUUGCUAGUACUUUCUCUCACAUGUAGACUUGUUUUGAAGGCUGAUUGUUGUUGGUCUUUAAAUUCCGGAGUUGAAUAAUGGUGGUGUUGGCCCA